AUGGUCCAUUAUCCCAUUACCGGUAUCAAGGUGGAAGAUGUGAACAAUGUCCCGAAUCGUGUUGAGCUUCAAGACUGGUAUCUGAAAGCGACAAGUGGCACCAAUACCGAAGCCGCACUCCAGUUAUCACUGUUUAUCCACGCGUUGGAUCGGUUCCAGGCUGACAAGUUCGUGCCUGGCCCCAAUGUCAAGGAAGAGGAUGCGCAGCUAUCAUACUUCCGGAUCGCAGAUACGGACCACCCGUUCUUCUGUGCCCAUAAUCAGUCAACAUUUCCAACUUGGCACAGGCCUUAUCUGGUUCUGUAUGAGCAAGUACUCUACAAGAACAUGCUGCAAUUUCUUGACGCUAUUCCGGAUAGCCAAUACAAACCUACUGUUCCCAAGUCUCAAUGGCUCGCUGCUGCGAAGAAAUGGCGCCUACCAUAUUGGAAUUAUGCCGCCCGUCCGCUCUUGCCAGACAUUGUCACAAGACCAAACAUCAUGGUCAUUACGCCACAAGGCUCUACAAAGACCUUCGAUCACAAUCCUAUGGCGUCCUACCAGCUGAAGGAUUCCAACGGUAAAGUUGCGAAAUUUGGUUCAUUGCCAGAGGAACUGCAGCUCGGAGACUACGCCGACAAAUCAGCGACCUUCCAUGGUACUGUCGCUUCGAUCAACAACGACCUUACAGGUACGGCUGCAGAUGAUCCGAUGCCGCAUAGCCAAAAGGCCGGUCCAGGUAAAGCGGAGGGUGUGAUUAGCGAGAACGUGUCCCGCCUCAUGAACGACACGUAUUUCGACACCUACUCCAAGUUUGCGUCCACAAGGUAUAAUCAAGACCUUGGCGCGACGGAGUGGCUGUCUCUAGAAGCAGUCCACAAUUAUAUCCAUGGGUGGGUUGGUGGUUUUAUGGGGCGGCAAGACCUCGCGGCUUUCGAUCCCAUUUUCUGGCAUCAUCAUUGUUUCAUUGACAUGGUCUUUGACAGUUGGCAGACCGCAACUGGCCACAAGAAGUGGUUUGAUCCCAAGAACCCCAUCAUCGUCCAGGGCCAGACAGAAGCACAGCCCUCUGAAUUUUCUACCUAUCCCUUAAAGCCUUUCUUCAAAGGCCCAUCGGAUAAAGACGUCUACACCUCCGAUGACACACAAUGGGUGUCCCAGCUCGGCUACAAGUACGACAAGACUUUGCCCUCCAUGCGAUCAUCGGCCGUGCCCAACCAUUCCCAGGCCAAGAUGGUAGUGAGCCGAAUGGUCAACACCCAGCUCAGUAUGACCAGAGCCGAAACAGCCGAAUUUCUUCCAGUUGAUCGGAAGACCGACAACGACUUGAUCAUCAAUGUGCGCUAUAACAGGUUUGCUAUUCACAACGGUGAGGCUUACUGGAUCCACUUCUUCGUCGGAGACGUUGGUGCGCCAGAGAACUACCUUACCAACCCGGACCGCGUGGGCAGCGUGUACAACUUCACUUCUCCCAUCGAUGUCACGGGCUGCGGGAACUGCCGGCAAGAAAAGCAGCAAGGAGGCCUUGCAACAGGGCAAGUUCCCAUCACCGGCGCCAUGCUCAAAGAUUGGCAGAACAUUCACAUCCAUGAGUUCCCAAGCGACGGGCCCUUUGACGAGCAUAGCAUCGAGACAUAUCUGGCUGCAAAGCUACAGUGGAGGAUUAUCACGUCAAAUGGCGAAGAGGUCGCCGCCGAGUCACUCCCAGAUUUAAAGGUCUUUGUCCUUCUCGGCGACGCUGAUCAUAGCCAAGAUGUCCACGUUGAGAGUGUCUUUGGUAACUACGACGUCAUUUGGGGUGCAACAGCGGGCAAGGCCGGAGGAGGUGUACCUGGCGACGUUUAA